ACUGGAAAGCGGGCAGCCUCGGGAGAUGCGAUGCCAAAAGCGGCCUGCAGCGGUGAGCGAAAACCAAGGGGCGGAAGGUUAUAACCGUCUUUUGACUGGCAAAGGCGAUGGGCGAGCAGAUAUUCAUUCCUCUUCUACCUGCUUUUUCUAUCUCGCCAAAUCGGCGCAAGAUUGGCAAAGGUGAUUGAUUCUGAGGAUUUGAGCUAAGAGGUUGAGGGAGAUGAAGGGGUGCGAGCUUUGCGAUCGGGCAGCGAGGAUGUACUGCGAAUCAGAUCAGGCAAGCUUGUGCUGGGAGUGCGACGCCAAGGUUCACGGGGCCAACUUUCUCGUAGCAAGACAUCCGCGCGUGCUUCUUUGCCGGAGCUGUCAGGCUCCAACGCCUUGGAGGGCUUCAGGAGCGCGGCUUAGCCCCACCUUCUCCGUGUGUGAGAGCUGUACCGCGGGGGAGAAAGCUUUGUCGGCAGGUGAGGGCGAGGAGGGCCAAGGAGAAGCGGAGAUAGAAGUGCAAAUGAUGGAGGAGGAUGAAGAGGACCUUUAUGAUGACGAGUUCAGUGAUUCGGAGGUGGAGGAGGAGGAAGAGGAAGGGGAGAACCAGGUGGUUCCGUGGACGCAGACACCGCCGCCGCCGGCGAGCUCGUCAAGCGGGGAAGAUUCUUCAUGGAAUGGUAGGACCGGUUCUCCUCUCUUGCAUCGGAUGAGAGAGAAUGCGGAUCUCGUCUCCCAGCAUGAUUUCACUUGCUCCAAUUCUCACCGGAAUAAUCUAGGAACCGCGGCUGUGCCACUGGUUAGAUCUACCGGUAAGGACCACCGUAGAUCCCUUCUUCUCCAGGCUAAUCCGUCUUCCUUUGCCAUAGCUGGUGCCGCCAACAAUAUCUCCAUACGUAGUUUUCAUUCCACCUUUGAUGUCACGUCUCCAGCUUCUCGAAGUCCUUCUAUCUAGGUAAACUUGAUUCCAGCUUGGUGAAACUCAACCGGCAUACUAGCAUUAACUAUUACACAUUUGUUAUCCUUGCACUAAUGGAAUAUUGUGGUUGUGCAUUUUACAUGCUUCUGGAAUGUGACUGGCAGGUUAAAUUGGGUUGGUUUUUUUGUUUUUUAAAUAAAGUGGAUAUCUUUGAAUUUCUUAGUAUAGAAGUAGAAUUUUGAUAGGGUUUUGUGCAAAGAUGGGUGGGUUUUAUUUCUUUACUGAAAGUGGCUAUGCAAUUUAACAGUGAUUAUUGGGCAAGCUUACCUAUCUAUUGUCAAGAACUGU